AUGAAUCAGAGAACUAUGGCAAGAUCUCCGAAAUCGACCGAAUCUGUGAGGAGGCAUGCCUUCAGCUCCUUCAAGGAGAGGGUGGAUCUGAUUAGGAUUGAACCAAAUCGAAAUUUACGAAAGAGAGCUCAUGAUUAUGUGGAAACUUCAUUCUUCUUAGCAGCUAUUGAGCAUUGGAAGGAGGUCAACUUGAGUGGAGACUUUAUCGAUUUCUUAACAGUUGUUGAGCCGUUGUGCCAAACAUUACCUCAAAUUUACCAUCAUCAGAAGAAAAUUUUCGAGACCCUAAUCACAUAUAUUGAUCGGGCGGACGUCAAUGCUAUUCAGCCGUUACUUGAACUCAUGUCUCAGUUUGUGCAUGAUUUGGGCCCUGAUUUUAUGCCCUACUAUCUUCCAUUUUUAAGGCUGAUUGUCCGUCUCGCCGAGUCAACGAAUCCAAAUGAUGCCCAAAAUCUGAGAAACUCAUCCAACACCUUGGAGUGGUCAUUCAACUGUUUGGCAUUCGUGUUCAAGUAUUUGUCGAGAGUACUCGUGUCAGAUAUAAAUCAGACCUUCAAGGAACUCAUCCCCACUUUGCUGAUGACCAAGAAAACCUAUGUUUCUAGAUUUUGUGCAGAGGCACUUUCAUUUUUGGUUAGAAAGCUCGAUCAAAGUGGAAUCGACGACAUAAUUAACCUAACUUUUGGUAGCAAUGCUGCUCUACUUCAAGAAAACGAGUUUUUUAGGGCCUCAAUAGUCAUUUUGUUCAGUGAGUCUAUGAAGAAUACGAAGGAAACAUUUCACUCAAAAGCUCCAAUUGUUCUUUCCACUUUGGUGAAAAGAGCGUUGGAUAGUGAACAUGCCAGUGAUUAUUUCAUUUCGAUUGUUGGCGACAUCUUAAUUGAUAUUUUGCAUCACGGUUCAUUGGAAUCUUGCGACAGGUUCAUCAGGCUAGUUUUGGAAUACCUCUCGACGGUUGUUCAAAGAGCGAGAAACGCUAAGACAUGUACUUAUGUUGUACAAAUUAUGGUUGUGAUUUGUUUCCUGGAGUCUGGAAGGAAGAUUACGUCUUGGGGAGAGAUUUUUGAUAUAUCCAAUUUGAUCUCAUCAAAGAUUGAAUCCAUCAGUCUUCAGAAUGUAGAUGAUGAAUUUUCAUUCAUGACUUGUUUCGCUCAUUUUUUUGUGGUUUUGAUCAGAAAUUGCCCUCUUGAUAUACUUGCAAAACACUUCAAAUCCUUAAACUCAACUAUGCUUCGAUUGGCGAAUGGCAAGUAUUAUUUGGGAUUUAUGGAAUCUUGCUUGGCGGUUUCAAAGGAAAAGAUGACUUCAUUUGGCGCAACUCAACUUCUUCAGGCAUUUGCAAGUACUCAGAACUCGAGAGAUGAUUUUAUUAGACUCUCAUCGUUCUUAGUUCGUGAGUCUAAGGAGGCACCAAUCAUCAUUCAGAACGUUACUGUUCCCUUCAAAGCGGAAAUGAUCAAAUUAUUACCAGUUCAAGGGAAGCAUGUUGACGGUCUGAUGUUGUACAGUUAUCUUUGGGUAAGUGUGCUAUUGCAGCACUCGUCUGGAUUCUCAGUUUCGGAAACCAAAGUAAUCAUUGGCGCUCUACAAUUGUUGGCAGAUACUAAGAUUCCUUCUUGCAGGUUGAAGCAUGACAUUAUUGGCUUCCUAGUUGGAUCAUUAUCUGGUUCAAAAAUGGACAAGUUUGAUGAGAAGCAGUUGCAUGAAGUUUUCCACUUGUGUUUGAAAACAUUAAACGCCUCAAGAGUCUCUAGAGAGUUUCUAGCUUCAUUCAAGUUAUUUUUGGUACAUUCGGGUGGAGUUUUGCGGACAGCCAUUAACCAACAUUGGCUGGAGAUCACUAAGACUUUAGCUAGCAAUCUUUCUUUACCCAGUCCUGAGUUAAGAGAGACAACGUUGGCUUUAUUGAAAGCUCUAUAUGCAUCGGUUGAUGCUCCUUUCCCUGACACUCUUUCGCAAAUGAUGAUUAUCGACCAAAUCCCUCUUACAGUCAGCAAUUCUAAUCUGAUCAAGAUGCGUAUUCGUCAAUUAUUCAUAUGCUAUGAGGAUAAUUUGGACUUGUCCGAUGUCGAAAAGGAAUGUAUUUGUCAUUUUGCGUUUGGAUUGUUGAAUAAUCAUUUUCAACCAUCUUGGCUUGCUGUUUACGAAGGACUUCCAAAAUUAGCUUCACUUGGAUGCUCUCGCAAGGUCUGGGAAAUUAUGACCUAUUUCUUGAAAUUUGAUUUCGAAAAACAGGAUGACCUUUAUGGUCCUAGCGAUUUAACUGUAUUUGACCGUGAAGAAUUUAUCUCGUUCAAGUGCCAGCCAACUGAUCAACGUUUUUUGGGCAGUUAUCGAAACAUUGCAUCCCUGGCCCGUAUUGAGGAAGUGGAAGCGAUUAGUGGAAUAGUGGAGAGGUUGAACUUAACCUCUCCCCCAGUGGCUUACAAACGAUUAUUGAGGACGAGAGUACUUCAGGCACUUAGUUCUGUUCCAGAACUUGCUGAAAAGAACGGUGUUGAUUUUGUGAAGUUCGUGUUGAGUAUCACGUCAGAUGUUUCGAGUGACGAUUCUCGAGACGUGCCUGAUGAAAAAGAAACCAAAUGGAGUUCUUCUGAAAAGUUAGGACUCUUAUCAAUACUUUCUAAGUUUAAGAAUUUGAAAAACGUGCCAGGGAAUGAAGAGUUAUUUGAGAUGUUGUUAGACCAACUCACUUCAAAACAUACGAACAUCCAAAAAGAAUGUUUAUCUACCAUCUUUGCCUGGCGCAUACUGUCAAUUAACAGAUAUAAGGAUAAUUUAGUCAAUCUUCUUGAUGAUAAAUUAUUUCGUGAAGAGUUGCAAUCACUUAUAACUGAAAGCUCGGAAUCGAAAAUUGAAGAUUCGGACUCGAAAGAAGUGAUUCCUAUUGUGCUCAGAAUCCUUUAUGGUCGAGCAAAAGGCGCCUCGAGCAGCAGCAGCAAGUCAGGAAGAAAAUUUGCAGUAGUAAAUAUCUUGCCGAACUUGCCAUCUGAUUACAUUCGACAAUUUUUGGACAUUAUUAGUGAAAAGAUUAAUUUCAAGCCAUUCUUCGACAACAACAACAACAACAACAACAACAACAACAACAACAACAAUGUGACUAACGGCAGCUCUCGAGCUUUCAAGAGCAUGGUUGGAUAUUUAAACAUGCUUUAUGAGGUUUACAAUGCAUUGGGGUUCAAAUUUGGAAGUGUACUUAGAUCUACAAUUCCACCUCUUAUUUACAUCUUAGUGUGUGCACAGAAUGGUGUUGAAAUGAGCGAGACAACUGAAGGCGUGGAUGCAAAGCUUCCUAGAACGGCUAGGCAGUUGGGGUUCAAAUGCCUCAAUACGCUUUUUAAGGUAUUAGAUGGGAAUUAUCAGUGGAAUACAGAAGCACAAGUACUUUUCGAAAACGUCGUGAAACCCCGUCUUGCAAAAUUUCCCCAAGAGAACGCUCAACAGCCUUCUUCUUUGAUGCAGAUAAUGUUAGGCUGGGUUCAAUCGCCGCAAACCAUUCCAUUUUUAUUUCGAGAUGAUUUCGCUGCAACGAGAGCUAUUAUGGACCUUGCGUCGAAUCCUCACGUGAAAGACAACGUUAUCAGUGAAAUUCUUGAUUUUUGCAUCACCGCAAUCACGAAAAAAGAUAUAGAUAUCGUUGAUUACUACUCUAUGCUUGCCAUAUUAGUUGAUGGACUUUUGGAUGUGUUACCUUCCAUUAUGGAAAAUUCGGAAGACCAUGACAUCAACUCUAAAGCAGCUUCUGUAUUGUUACUCAUUAUUGAAGGUGGUUACAUUGAUGACAAUAAUACCAUGAGAAGGUUGGUUGUUGCAUCAACAUCUGCAUUAAAGAAACUGCCUCUUCAAGUUGCUAUCAAUGACAAGGUGAGCAUCCUUCUCUCACUUGCUACGAUAGUAGAUAAAGUUGAUAGCUCAAAUGAAGAACUCGAGGCUGUGAUUGAUGUUUGCUCGAAGGCAUUCAGGACUUACAAAGACAGAAAUAUCCGUGAAUCACUAGUUAAGGUCUUCAACUCACUUGGCAAUAAAAUUUCUGACCUUGCAAUUGUGUCUGGCUUGUUGAGUUCUUUGAAUUCAUAUUCCGAAAAGCGACUUGCAGAACCGAACUUUGAAAAGCGACUUGAGGCCUUUAGUGAGAUCAACGAGAAAUUAUAUCUUCACUUGAGCGUUCAGCAAUGGAUGCCACUUCUUUACUGCUCAUUAUUCUUCAUUAACGAUGUCGAAGAGCUUGCCUUACGAUCAAAUGCCGCAUACAUGUUGAUGAGAUUUGUUGACUGUUUGUCAUCACAGCCAUCGCUUUCGGAUGCAAGUGACUAUUUGCAAGUCUUCAAGACUGUUCUUAUGCGAUAUCUUCGCCAGGGAUUAAAGAAAGAGGAGGAGCAAGUGAGGGAAGAGUACGUAAAUGUCCUCGCACAUAUAGUUAGAAGUGCAAAGUACUUCCCAGAAUUUGAAGGAAUGAAAGUCUUGGUUAAUGAGGACCGAGAGUUAGACUUCUUCAACAACAUUAAUCACAUCCAGAUUACCUCUCGUCAAAAGGCUAUUCGAGGCUUAAUCGACUUGAGGUCUGAGCUCAGUGCCGAAUGUAUCUACCAUUACAUUUUACCCAUCACUGAAAUUUACACCAUUUGCAAAGAUGAAAGGUACAGAAAUUUAUUGGAUGAUACACACGAAGCAUGGUCUUAUCUCGUUCGCUGUAUUAGCUGGGAUCAUUUCAAGCAACUAUUUAAGAAGCAUUUGUCCAAUUUGUCUAAGGCACCAGACAAAGAAUUGAGAGACCGAGUCAAUUUGCUUUCAAGACUUUCGCAUGCCUUAAAUUCUGCUUAUUCUUCUAGAGGUGAGGAGAGCUCAAUCGACCGAAUGAAUGGUCUUCCAUGUCAGGAUGAGAUUGAUCGCUUCAUACUAACUGAUUGCAUACCCUUGAUUGCCAAAAUUCUAAAGGUCAGGAAUGACGAGACAGUGGUGGCCAGAACUCCGUUAGCAGAAGUUGCUGUGAAUCUACUUUUAUGCACAUCUGAGGAAAUCAUCGAAAGGGAAUUACCAGGAACUCUAACGAGUACAUGCCAAGUUUUAAGGUCCCAUACUCAACACCUUCGAGAUGUGGUACGUAAAACUUUAAAUAAGAUAUCCAAGAUAUUGGGCCCUGGAUACUUUAAAUUUUUGGUGAAGGAAUUGAAAACUGCCCUUUCACGUGGUGCUCAAAUACAUGUUCUAAGUUACACUGUCCAUGCAUUGUUGGUCGCAAUCAAUGAAUCGUUCGUGGUGGGAGAUCUCGAUGAUUCCGCACGUAUGAUUGCAGAUAUCAUCAUGGAGGAUAUCUUCGGAGCUGCGGGUCAAGACAAAGAUGCUGAUGACUAUGUUAGUAAGAUGCGAGAGGUGAAGUCGAAGAAAAGUUAUGAUUCUGGAGAGAUUCUCUCGUCCAAGAUCAGCUUGUCUCACUUCAGUGUUCUUGUGGAUCCAGUCAAGUUGUUAUUGAGAGAAAAUCUUCCACUUAAAACACAAAGAAAGCUCCAUGAGUUGUUGAGAAGGUUUUCCUUGGGGUUAAACCAUAAUCCGAUGUCUUCAUCUCGUGACAUUCUCCUUUUGUGUUACGAGCUUCACAAGCAAUCCUUGGUGGAGUUCAAGCCACACGUGAAACAAGAGGGAAAGAAUGCUUCUGAAAGUCAUUUUCUCGUUCAGUUGAAUGCUAAGCCAGGUCGCAUUACGUCUGAUAAAUCCCAAUACCUAUUCACUUUGCAAAAGAUGUCUUUUGAGCUUUUGCGUACAGCACUAGGUAGGCACGCUUCUUUGCUUACAGUAUCAAAUUUGGAUGGUUUUUUUCCUUUGAUUGAACAAAGUUUGAACUCUGAUGAUGAGAGUUUGUUGCAGGCAGUCUUUAAGGUGCUCGAUUUAAUCAUCAAGUUACCUUUUUCUUCUGAAAGGGAUUCAUUCUUUAACCUUUCUGCCCAAAGGGCGUUCACUAUUUUGCAGAAUUCUCCAACAACUGCAUCAGAGGUUUGCCAAAUAUGUUUGAGGUACUUGGCGACUGUUGUGAGGCACAAACCAAGCAUCAACUUAAGUGAUAAUGCUCUCACACUUCUCCUUACCCGCAUUAUCCCUGACUUAGAAGAACCUGAUAAACAAUCUCUAGCCUUCAAUUUUCUAAAGGCUGUGGUGUCCCAACAUAUCAUGCUUCCAGAGGUUUACGACAUUAUGGAAAAGGUUGCGAUGAUUAUGGUAGUCAAUCACUCCAAAGAGAUCCGUGACAUGUCUCGAAGCAUAUACUUUCAAUUUUUGAUGGAAUACGAGCAAGGUUCAAAGAAGCUUAACCAAGCGUUCAAGUUCUUGGUCAAUAAUUUGGAUUACCCAACUCAGUUUGGAAGACAAUCGGUUAUGGAGGUAAUGCAUUCGAUUGUAUUGCGUUCAUCUUCUUCAUUGUUAUCUCAAUUUGCCACCAGCUUCUUUGUUGGAUUGUCCAAUGUUGUUGUUUCAGACGAGUCGGCAAAAUGUCGAGAAAUGGCUUCUGCAUUGAUUUCGCAAAUCUUGAAGAAAAUGGGAUCUAAUGAUGUCAAAAGCAUUGAAAAGUACUGUCAGAACUGGAUCUCUCAAGAAUCAAAUCUUCUUUUACAACGUUGCGGGUUACUAGUUUACAAAAUUUAUAUUGGGGUUUUCGGCUACGAUCACAAUCAUGAUCUUGACUUGCAAGUGAUAAAGCACAUAACGAUGGUUUUAGAGAAGUCAAGAUCAACUCAAUCAGACCUCGAGAUUGACUGGGAAGAUGUGUACACUUCCUUAAUUGCGUUUUCUGCAAUUUCAGGUUGCCUUAAAAGCGAGAUUUUUGCACCUGAUUUCGAAAACAUAUGGAAAUUGAUUCUCGAUUCAUUGCUUUAUCCACACACUUGGGUGAGAUUGCAGAGUUCGAAAUUAACAGGUGUGUUCUUGCAUCACCUUGGUGAUUGUGUAUUUGAAGUGUCGGCCUAUGAAAUCCAGACGAUUGCUUACAGAUCUUUACGACAGUUAAGUGCUCCAACAGUUUCGACAGAUUUAUGCAGUCAAAUUGUUAAAAAUCUACUUUCAAUUAUCAAGAAAUGGGAAACUGAAAACACGAAGUUCAUAUCUGAUAGUAACGGUGAGGCAAAUGCAACAGAUAUGCCCAGCAAGAGCUAUGAAAAGGCUACUGACUUUGCGAUUUCACGUAUCUGUGCUAUCAUGCGCCAAGAAUCGCACCGUGAUCAAAAUAGUGUUUCGAAGACCAGUGCAAUUCAGCUCGCUGCCAUGAUCAUUCAGAUUUUAAGUGAUGAGAGACUAAUGGAAGUUGCAGAGCGCUUUUUUUCCGGGUUAUUCAACUUCAUUGAUCCUGAUAACAAUGAUAAUUAUAUCGAAGAAGUUGUGAAUCUUGCAAGAGAGUGUUUAAAGAUUUUGGAAGAGAGGAUCGGAAUUACCAAGUAUACUGCAAUUCAUGCAAGCGUGAGGCUGAGUGUCGAUGAAAGAAGGCAAGAAAGAAGGGCCAGAAGAGCCCAAUUGAAUAUAUCUGCUCCAGAAGUUGCUGCAAGAAGAAAGAUCAGAAAGCAUGAGAGAUUCAGAGAAAAAAGAAGGCAUGAAAAGGACGACAAUGGAUUCUACAAAGCCAAGAAGAAAAGAUUUGAUAGAACGUAA